UGUAUAAUAUUUGAGCGGUAACGCCGCCGGGACGUCGUCGUCGUCAUCGUCGUCGUCGUCGGCGUCGUCCGGUGGCUGGUGGGAGAAAUUUAGCUCUCUUCCCUUGGGCCUGACUGUAUUGGUUUUUUUUUUCCACUUGGCGGCAGUUUUCAAGAAUAUACAGUGCCGUACCACCGCCGUCGAUCAUGUUCCUUUUCUUUCGGUUCUGACGACCCCGCCGAACGGUUGUCGUCCGUCACUCGAACAACGGUCCUGCAAGCCACCGAAAGACAGCCGAACAUCUCGACAGCAGCCAGCCACCGUCCAACAACACCGUCUGGCCGUCCACGGUUUUCGCACAUCGACCACCGUGUGUUCCUCAGGCGUUCACCCAAACAACUUUCACCCCGCGUAAAAAACUACGUCGGAAAACCCAUCGAUCCGUCACACCGUCGGACAAUACGACCAAGUCGCACCCCGAGGACGCACACCACCGUGAGUGAUGAUGUCGCACAACAGUCCGUCGCACACGACCGUGUCGUUCAUCUGCGCCGCAGUAAUUCUUCACGCCGCCGGUGUUACUAUUUGUUCUACAAUUGUUCCGGACAUCAAUCCUACUCCACCUCUAGAAUUUCCAUCCGAUGGAUUACGUGUAAGAAUUGUACAAGCUACUACAGAAUCAUCCAAUGUUGAAAUAACUAAACCACCAUUUUUGAAUUUUGAAAAUAAUGAUAAACUAACCACAUAUAAUCCAGAUACUUCAUUUCAAGACAAAUUUAACAGGCAAUUCUCUAAUAGUAUUUUUAAAUCAUCUUCGCAACCAAUUAAUGUCAUUGCUAAGAUAAAUGAAAAUUAUACUGAAAAUUAUAUAGAAAAUAAAUAUUACAAUAAUCGAAUCGAGGAUAACUGGUCAUCAAUUUUAUUAACUUCAAUUAUCUUUAUGGUUAUGGCAGUUAUUGUUUUAUCGUGUUCUGCAUUAUGUUUGAGAAAAAUUCAAAACUUAAAGAUAUCAAAACGACAAUUAUUGAUAGAAGAUUAUGAUGAUUCCGUAAUGAAUGAUUUAAUACACGUCCAGCAUGUAUAAUUGUAUGUCACAAAUAAAAAAAUAUACAUUAAUAAAUGCAAAAUGUAUUCUAUUUGACUAAAUGAAAACAAGAAAACUAAAAAGAUAA